AAUUAAGGAAGGCCCAAUCCGGGCCAGGUGAUCCCUGUUCAGGGAGGCUUGGGUGCGAGGCGGGGGCCCUGGCGGACAAAGGGGCCGGGGGAGCAGCAGGGGCGGCAGUGACCGGUGCUGGUGCGGCUACUACGGCGGCUACCGGGCAAGGCCAAGCACCGGCCUCAAGUUCUACAUCCCCCGGCCCCCGUUGGAGGCCGCCGCUAAGGGCGGGAUCGGGUCCCGGCGCUUGUUUGAAGCAAAUUGUACUCCUACAGUUGGAUCUGAUUGAGCAGCAGCAGCAAAGGAUCCAGGACCGGGAGCGGGAGAUCGGGGAGCUCAGGGCGGAAAAAGACACGCUCCUGGCCCGUAUUGAGCGGAUGGAAAGACGUAUGCAGUUGGUCAGAAAGGACAGUGAAAAAGAUAAGCAGCGCACAUCACAGAGCCGCGAACCAGCUCCUGAAAUGCCAGAGGGUCCUCUCUUGGAGAGUGCAGGGAUUGGGGAGUUUCCUCUGGAGACCUUACCACACCUCACCAGUCUCACCCCAAAACCCUUUUCUUAUGGUCGCAAUGGAAAAGGACAUAAAAGGAGGUCAGCGUUCCGCAGUUCUGAUCGUAGGACUCCCAUCAAAAGGCUUGCACCAGACCUUUCAAAAGUAAAAAGCAAAAUGCCCCGAGCACCUGCAGAAGGGGAGGAUGAUGAGCCUGGGGGUUCCCUCUCUGAAAUUAUUUGCCAGAGGGAGUUGCGAAGCAAGGAGACCCCAGAACAAAAUAGUUCCUCGUCAGAUACCCCUCUAAAGUCUUCAUGUGGGUUGCUCACAACUCCUCUGUUUAAGGACACCAACCCUCUCUCUAGUGAGGUAGACUCUCUGCCUUACCUCUCCACCACAGACAUGUAUCUUAGCCGAUGGCAUCAGCCGCCCCCAUCUCCUUUAAGAGAACUGUCUCCCAAGAAGGAAGAGUGUGUUGCAAUCCCUUCCUGGCGAGAACACACCAUUGAACCUCUCGAGAAUGUGAAUUCUUCAGACAUACCAGAGAAUCUGGAUGAUACAGUAUUCACGAAGAGACAUGCCAAACUAGAGCUUGAUGAAAAAAGGAGGAAGAGGUGGGACAUUCAGAGGAUACGUGAACAGAGGAUCCUUCAGCGAUUGCAGCUAAGGAUGUACAAAAAGAAGGGGAGUCAGGAGUGCGAGCCUGAAGUCACAUCAUUUUUUCCUGAUCACGAUUAAGUGGAAUCUGUAAUGAUCACUCCCUACCUCCCUGUUGUGGUAUUUGGACGUCCGCUGCCUAAAAUUACCCCACAGAAUUUUGAGCUCCCCUGGCUAGACGAGAGAAGCAGAUGUCGGCUGGAAAUGCAGAAGAAACAGACCCCACAUUGGACUCCCCGCAAAUAAGGGUUGUCUCAUUCCUACAUCGGACUUGUCGUCUGCUUUUCUUGGGAAUAAAAGUGCCGAAGUUUGACAUUUAUGAGGUGCAAAUACGAGGUUAUGGCUGUGUACGCCAUUUACUGUCACAUACAGAAGGACCUGCAGUGUGGAGUCUAGGUGCCUGUCUUUAAUAUGAAAGACCAAUCAUUUUUCUCCUCGUCCCGAGCGUUUCACCUUCUUGUUGUAGCAAACAAUAUCAAUCACAUUUCCUGUAUAUGAUCUCCAACGGUGCUAGAUGUACUUAUUUUCUAUACACCUCGCCAUGUCAUGUGGAUUUACUUACAGUAUCUUUAUUCUCUUAUACUCAAAAACAGUUUUUCCUUAGUUUGCUGUGUAUUCAUGCAAACCUGUCUCUACUCCUUCUUACACUUAAAGGCAUAUUUCAUUUUGUAUCAUCUUGCAUUACUUUUGUCUGCAUGUAGAUAUGGAAGGUAUGUCACCAUAUUUAUAUCUGCUCUCAUGUAUAAUAUAUACCAGCUUCCAGUUUCUCCUGUUUGAUAAAGCAUAUUCAUUUGGAUCCA